AUGGCAGAUGGCACAGCAGAUUGCGUGGCAGAUUGCACAGCAGAGGGCCUGCGCGCGGAGAUUGACGCCACGAAGCAGCAGGUUCAGGCGGCACGGGACAAAGGUCAUGACCUUCGCAAGGAGAUGGUGCAGGCCGAAGAAAGGCAACGGCUCCGCCGAGAGCUGGACAAGCAGCGCAAGACCCUGGAGGAGGAGCAGGACACGAACCAGUGGCGGAGGCAGUACCGGCGAGACGUAGACGAAGACCGGUCUGGCCCCGCUCCGCGCUUGCUGGGCCAGUGCCCAGCUCGCCGCGAGACGCUGCUGGUGAAUCGCUUCGAUGGAGAGAUCACGAACUGCAGCCACCGGGUCGCCAGGGGCGAGUACAUCUGGAAGAUCGAGUCCAUGUCGUGGGUGCGCAGCAUGCUGGAGCAGGAGGAGCUGAACUACGUGCAGUCCAAGAUCUUCCAGGUUGGCGGGCAGGACUUCGAGUUCGCCUACAAUCCUGAUGGAGGCAUGCUGCUCUGGGAGCCCGGGGGCCCUGGUCCCAUCGGGACGGAGCAGCAUGGGUCCCUGGCAGUACUCCUGUGGGAAGGGGGCCGGAUAGCUCUUCGGUACCGCAUCUUCGUCAAGGCCGCCGGCAAGGACUUUGUGCAGUGGGGUGAGACGCGCACGGAAGUCCUGGAGGAUGAGCACGGCUGCAAGGCAUUCGGCCCCGACGUGCGCGACGGGAGCGUCAAGGACCCCGAGAAUUUGGGCAUCUUUGGCCUCACGCACGAAGAGCUGCUGCAGUCGCAGUGGGUGGAGAACGACACCCUGACCGUCAAGUUCGUGCUGGAAAUUCGCCUCGAGGGGGACUGCGAGUCUCGCGCCCUCACCCCAGCGAUUGAGGUGCCCGGUCCAACCCUGAACCAAGACACCCGGGCGUUGUGGGAGGGAGGCGCUUGCAGUGAUGUUCAGUUCUUGGUCCAGGGCGCCACGAUCCAAGCCCACUCACAGCUGCUGUGCUCAAGAUCCGAGGUCUUCCAGAAGCAGCUGACGGCCGGCCUGCAGGAAUCAGUCUCGAAGGUCAUCGUGAUCGAGGACUGCGAGCCCGUCACCUUCAAAGAGUUCUUGAAGUUCCUAUACACGGACAGUUUCCCCAACGUCGCGGAGUUCGUUGCAAGAAAGCCUGAGACGGAGGAUGGCGAAGGAGGCUCGCGAAUGUCCCGGAUGCAGGCCUUGCUGGCUGUCAGUCACAAGUACCAGGUCACAAGGCUGCAGAGGUGGUGCGAGCUGCAGCUGUGCGAUCAGCUCACCACGCCGGAGGUCAGCCGCAUCCUCUGUCAGGCGCAUCUGCUUGAAGCCACUCACCUUGAGAGGGCGUGCCUCUCUUACAUCAAAGAGCACAUGGUCGACGUCAUCAAGCUGCCAGCAUUCGCCGAGUUGAUGCGAGCGUGGCCCGAUGUCAUGCUUAAGCUCAGCCUCUUCUCAGCGGGCGUCCCGGAUACGGAGGCCUCUGCUGCGUUGGACGUUUUCAAAGGGAACCAGACGAGAGAGCGAGUGACCUGCCACAUCUGCCUGGCUCAGGAAAGCCUCUUCAUUCUUCAGAAGCACCGGCGCGCAGCCGAGGUUGACGAUGCCUUCCGGGACGGAAGUCGGCUCAUCUUUGUGCCAGACGAUCCGCGGCUGACCAAGUCGCAGAACUCACAGAACAGGAACAGGAAGCUUCGCGGAAGCUGGCUACCAGUCCAUCAAUGCUGCGUUAAGGAGGAUCGCAAGUACUCGGACCAGCUGUGGAGCAAGCUCUCCGAGCUGGGAGCCGUGCGGGAGCUAGAGCUGCACUACGCGAGGGUGCUGGAGGAGCCCCUGCUGUCCUUCGGAGUGCGGGAGUGGCCCACGGAGGAGCACAGGAUUCAUAGCAUCGCGCGGGCGGGCGAAGACAAGUCGCUGAGAGACGCUCUGAGGAUUGCCGACUUCCUGUUGGGCGACCUCUUCAAGUGGCUCGGUCCAGGACAGGCGCGCACGCAAGUUGCCGCGCUGGACGUGGACAAGGUGGAGGAGCUGCGCAAGCUCUUUGCCAAGUAUGCGGCGCUGCCAACGAGGAGCCACGGUUGGGUCAGCUGGAGUCGCCCACAGUCAGGCAAACCAGACGAGGAGCUGCCAAGCACUGGAGUCGAAGUCUUCCUGUCCCCCGCGCAGGGAGGAGACAGCGACUGCGCAGUGCUCCAUCCAGGCCUCGGCAGGUACUUCGCGAAGUUCGAGAUGCUGGGCAUGAAGCGUGCGGACUUGGCCGGCGAGACAUUGCCUCCCCCGCCCGGCCUCGCGAGUCCGCCGCCCUCGCUGCCGCCGGUGGAGGUCGGCCCCAUGUCAACGCCGGAUGGCGACAGGCAAAACGCCCUGUCUGGCCACCCAUGGACGACCACCGCUUGGCCCACCCGCCACAGGCCCGCACUGCCAGAAGCUUGGAGACAAGGCUAA